CUCCAGGCUGUGACUUGUGGUUAAGUCCUGCAGGCCUUGUUAUUCAAUCCUCAUAACUAGUAUAGGAGGUGGGGAUUACCCUUUCUAUUCCGCAGGUGUUGGAACCAGGGCGUAGAAAUGGCAAGCAACUUGUCUAAGGUCAAGGUCAGCAAGCUGGCAAACUCCCAGCUCCUACACUGGGAAGUGGAGAGCCUAAGUCUAGGGCUGGAAGUGAUGCUCUGAAAUGCUGCACAGGAUUGGUCAGCAGCAACCUUAGGGACCUCCAGGAUUUGAGGGAGCAUUAGAGGGAGAGAUGGGGCAAGAAUCCAGAAACUGUGGGAGCUAGAAAGGAUCCUCAUAGGGGUUGGGGCCCUGACUCCCAGAGAAUCUGGGGUACCCCUUCCCCUGAGAAGAAAGUAUACACAGACAGGAACAAUUCUAGGAAGUUUAUGGACAGGGGAUUGAGAACCCCCUAGGAGCAAGAGAUGCUGUUUCUUCUGGCGUUUCCUGGGUCCUUCCCCUGAAUGUUGUCCUAGCUAUGACCACCAGGUGGACUCCUAAUUUGGGAAGAAAAAAGAAUGGCUCAUCUAUCACGGGGCACACCACCCGAUUUGCCCGCUCUCCACACUUUCCUGUGUUUAUUCAAUAUAUAUUUAUAUAGCAACAAUGUAUUUGGGCCCAGGCAAUAUUCUAAGUGCUGCAAAUAGAACAGCAACCGGGAAAAACAAGGCCCCUGUCUUCAUUGGAGCCCACAUCUGUGUGGGGGAGACAGACGAUACAUUUUCCAAUGGACCUUGAGCUGUGUGAAGGUUCUGUUGUCUCCUUGAGGCCUAGUACAGGGCCUGGAUGCAGAAAUAGUUACUAAAGUUUGGUUUGAAGAAUAAUGUGGGGGGCGUGCUUGCCUGGCUCAGUCCGUAGAGCAUGCAACCCUUGAUCUUCGGGCCAUGAGUUCAUCCCACGUUGGGCAUAGAGAUUACUUAAAAAAAAAUAAAAUCACCCAUGCAAAAAAAUGAAUAACCGGAGAACCAGAACCAAUCUGGAGUUUAAAAGGAAUUAAACCACAAAAAUGUAAACAGUUAAAGCCUAACAUACAAAGCAUCCAGAUCAAGACAGGUCCCCUGAAGACAGGAUUGUGAAUUUAAAAGUGGGUGCUUCCUGGAUCCCAGUUGCCCUAUGUUUGAACUUCAUAGGUUAAGAGUUACGGAGCAAUUGUGGUCAGCUUUUCCAUGUACAGUGUUUGCACAUACGAUAUCAGCUAACCCUCGGAUGAGAUCGACAAAGUACCUAUUAUUUAUUGUCCUCAAUUUACGGCAGCGGGAAUUCAAGCCCAGUAAGCGUAGGGCCCACACCCACUGCUGGGUGGGGGAGCCGGUUCUCACCCCAGCCCCUCUUCCCUCUUACACAGCCUGGCCCUACACAUAAGGCAAGCGCGGAGACAAGUGGUUGCUGCUGAAUCGGCCCCCCCCCCCCCAAUCUUCUUCAUCCUGUUCUCCGCUGGGAUGCUGCCCUCUGGGGCAAAGAGCACAGGGGAAGGGGACUUAGUAGGUUAAUUAUUAACCCUUAACAACUUAGGGCACCGCAGGCUUCUCCCGAGGCGGAGGGACAAGGGCUGGCUUGGGGCUGGAGAGGGGGCGAUGGCCCCAGCAGCGGCCGUGGGGGUCGCGCUGCUUCCGCUGGCCUCACGGCGCUGGGUCCGCCACGCGAUUUCUCUCGCGCUCCUCUUGCUGCUGCUUCUUUAUCUCUGCGCUUGGAGCUUUCGCGCCCUCUCAGGCUGCAGAUCCGGGACACAGUCGUGCAUUCCCGAGGGAACAUCGCCUGUCCAGGUCCCGCGGCAGUCGGGUCCCCUGGAGGCCCCCGAGUGGGAAGAGCCUCAAUGUGUGGGCCCCCAGGGGGUGGUGGGCCGCGUGAUGUGGCCAUUCCGCGCCAGUCUGAACCCCGAAGGGGAUGUGGCGUUGUCGCAGUACCUAGCCGGAUGGAGGGCGCUGGUCAGGUUCCUAACUCCCCUCGGCUCCAUCUUCGCCUUCGCCACGAGCGAGGCCUUCGCUAAAGUGACAACCCUCGAGGCUCGGGUGCACGGCCCCGAGGCGGCGCACUACUCCUCGCUGGUGGCCAUGGUGGCGUGGGAGCGGCGGGAGGGACUGCUGGAGCGCCCCGGGAUCGCCCCCCGAGACACCACCAGCUCCUCGGGCUCACGGAUCCUGCUCUUGCUGCACCGAGCGCUGCGCUGGUCCCAGCUCUGCCUCCACCGGGUGGCGACCGGGACGCUCGGAGGACCGGACGCCGGCGCGCAGUGCAGCGACGCGUACCGCACGGCCCUGGGCCCGCACCACCCCUGGCUGGUCCGCCAGGCCGCCCGCCUAGCGUUCCUCGCCUUCCCGGGUCGCGACCGCUGGCUCGAGCUGGCGUGCCCGGGCGCCGGGGAGGCGGAGGCGCGGGCCGCACUGGUCCGGGUGGCGGGCACCCUGGAGGAUGUCUACAACCGCACCCAGGGCUUGCUGGCCGAGCGCAGCCUCCUCCAGCUGGCCUGAGGCACCCCCCCGCGGCCGGGGCCCGCCGAGACCCGAGCGCCCCGCGUCCAGCCGGGCGGCCCCCCCCACCGCUGUCGGCCGGGGGGCGGGGCCGUCGAAGCCACGGCUCCGCGUGACGUCACCGCCUGCAAGGCCCGCCCCCGGCGGGGUGGGUGUAGCGCCCCUCCCGCUCGGCGCAGUCGCGGGGCGAGGGGCGGGGCUGUGGGAAUAAGCGUGGUUGGGUGGCGGUGGAUUUAGGGCGUCUCGUGUGAUGACGGCAGGCGCUUAAGGGAAACAGAAAACAAUGGAUGUGGGAAGAUGUGUCAUCCCUGUUCCCGACAGCUGAGAGACUCAGGCUCCCCCGGGCUCGCUCCCAGCCACUCCCAAGGCAGCGUGCCAAGGCUCCAGCCCAGAACCCCGGCCCCGCACAGCCGGCUCCUUCCUGGACGCCGCCACACACGCCGCAAAUGCAACACGUCCCACGCGGAUCCCUCCGCUCCUCCCAGAACUGCACCUCCCCGUGUGUCCCCCGUCUCUGCCAAUAAGUGGCACCCUCUCCUCUCACCUACCCAAGCCUAAAACCGGUGCGUCAGCACUCACACCUAGCGGGCAGUCAGCUCGAUAAUGUUCGUUCAUCAAAAGACGUCCUCGGCCACUCCCACAACAAUAGUGAACGGGAAAGUGUGUGGCCAUUUCACACGCUGGGAACUCUCAAAUUGGGAGUCCAGCCCAUUUUCCCCCUGCACCCCAGAAUCCCCCUAUAUAUACAGCUACUUAUUAGAUAUCUAUCACCUGGAUUUUUACAAUAGCCUCCUAAUUGUCUCUCUGUCCCAUACUCGAUUUCCCUAAUGUGUAUUUCAGUAGAACAGCCAAAGUAAUCUCUUAAAAUAUAGAUCAUAUCCCAUCACGCUCAAAAACUUCCAGGGGCUCCCUGUUGCACUCGGAUGAAAAAAAAAUUUUAAUUUCAGCAGUAAAUGUCAUAUUUUGGAUCAUAUUUUCAGUUGAGAUCAUAUUUUCAGUUGGAUCAUAUUUUCAGUUGAGAAUGGAUCAUAUUUUCAGUUGAAAAUGAUGAAAAGCUUCAUAAAGGUCCUACGUGAUCUGACUCUGUACUAACCAAACUGACCUCUUCGAUUUGCAUUCAAUAUUUCAGGCAUGAUCCUGCCUCAGGAUCUUUGUACUUGCUCUUCCCUCUGUCUGGAAUGCUUUUCCCCCAAAUGGAGAAAUGACUUCCCUCGUUAGUACCUUCUGGACUUUACUCAAAUGUCUCCACAGGGAGACCUUCCCUGAUGAUUCUUUCUAAAAUUUCAACACACACACACACACAAACACACACAAACACACACACACACAAUUCCUAUUUCCCUUCCCUACUCUGUUUUUUUUUUUUCUUAAUAUGAGUCACUAUCUAAUAACAUGCUGUAUGUUGUAUUUAUUUGUUUUGUUUUGUUUCCAUUGAGAAAUGGAAGCUGCAUGGGGCAGGGAAUUUCUAGACAGAAAUUUGUUCCCUGAUGUACCUCCAGUGUCUCAAACAGUGCCUGUCUUCUAGUGGACAUUCAAUAGCUUUUUGUUAAAUGAAUGUCUGAGCACGAAAAGAUGGCCGGAGCCCAGAGUCCAAAAGAAAAGAGGAGGUUGCACAGUAAUGCAAAUAUACUUAAUGCUGCUGAAUCAUGCAUCAAAAAUGGUUAAAAUGCUGAAUUUUACAUUAUGUAAUUUGUAUUUUACUACAAUAAAAAAUUAAAAAGUAAAGAGGAGAUGUGAUUCUGGACAGGUAGUCAGGAGCAAGUUCAAGAAGGAUGUGACAAACUACCUUACAGAGAUAAGACUUUAUCUCCAGAGUUCAUUUUAAGCAGGGGAUUGUUUAGGUCAUACUCGCAAUUCAAAAACCAGUUCCAGCUGUGGUAUGUACAGGACUACAGCAGUCACAGGAAGACCGCUCCACACAACAAUGGCAAAACACACAUUCUUCUCAAGUGCACAUAUGACAUUCUCCAAAAGAGACAUGUUAGGGUCUCAAUAAAUUUUUAAAAAAUUAAAAAAAUAAAAAUAAAAAAAGAUCAGGGGCACCUGGUGGCUCGGUCGGUUAA